UAUGUUAUUGUGUUUAGGGUUGUGAUUUAUUUUCUCAAAAAAAUAAAUGUUCACAACCUGAAAAGCAUCUAUUUUUGUAAGAGAGAAAUAAAUAGAGUUGAAGUUCUGCUAAUAAAGAUUGAAAUCAGAAUUAAAAACAAGAUUUUAUGCCUCAAGCCCUGCCAAAUCGAACAAAAUCAAGGAACAAAUAUGGAAGAUGCACACUUACGCAAAAACAAUCAAACGACAGAUUCAAACAAAUAAAGCAUUCAUUCAAUCACAUAAUCAAAGCGCAGUUAUUCAAACAAUCAAAUUAAAAAAUAGCGCAUUCCAUCAUAAAAUCAUCCGCAAAAAGCACAUCAGAAUGCCAUCAAUUGAUGAUACCAACGAACAAAUAAAUCCAUUCAUCAUCAGUAUUCGACCAUCUCUGUAGCAAGCUCUCCCAAUCACCGCCACCAAAACCAGAAACCACAAAGAUCGCGACAAAGUAAAAGGUUUGUGACAGGUCUAACCUGAGCAAGAUCGAGAACGUGCUCCGUCUUCCGUGGCGGAUCCGACCAGAGCUUUAUCAUACUUUCGCCAGGUCUCUAGAGUCUAGACUAGGGUUUAGUUGAUUUUAGUGAAAGACGGACCAGCAAAGUAUCUUCGGAAGGAGAUGAAUAGCGCAUAAAAGGUUGCCGGGCCGUAGAUUUAGGAAUUUAGUUUGGGUUCUUAAAAAGCCCAUCUUUUCAAAUAUUGAUGGGCUAAAAUUUCAUUAGGCCCAAUUGUUUUGGUGAUCCAUGAUCUUGAGAGAGAGACUUGUGUACCCAACUUGGGAAUAAUCGAACCACCAAACUAAGAUCAAUAUAUCAAGAAAGAAAAUGUCUCAUGUUCUCUAAUUAAGCUGGCAAAUCUUUGUUUUCUACGCACAUAUGGCUACCUCAUGUUCUCUAAUUAAGCUGGCAAAUCUUUGUUUUCUACGCACAUAUGGGCUACCUUCACAAGACUCACUACUCUUGUCGUUGUUUCUAUAUAUAGCCUCACCAUCGUUUCUCUGUUAAUCACAUACUCAGUUAUGGCUUCAAUGCUUCAUGUCUCUUCAUCAGUUUCAUUAGUUGUACUACUAGCUGCACUUGCCUUAAUUGCUUCGUCCGUGAGUUCAACAUCCCGGCAAGCACUAGAGCUGUCAAAGCUACAGAAUAAGGGGUUUAGAGUUGCCCUCAAACACGUCGACUCAGGCAAGAACUUGACCAAGUUUGAGCGAAUACAGAAUGGGAUUAGGCGGGGGCGGUACAAGCUGCAAAAGAUGAAUACAAUGGUUUUGGAUAAGAUUUCUGAUAAAUCAAGUGACAUUUCAGGUUCAAUUAGAGCUGGGGAAGGGAUCGGGGAAUUCUAUUUGAACUUAGCGAUUGGCACGCCAGCGAAGACUUACCUUGCCAUCGUGGACACUGGGAGUGACUUGAUAUGGUUUCAAUGCGAGCCUUGUACAAAAUGUUAUAAACAAACUGCGGAGAUUUUCGACCCACGAAAGUCAUCGACUUACUCCAUGUUGACAUGCUCAAGUAAUCUAUGUGAAGCACUGCCUCAAAAAACAUGUAGCCACAACCACGGGUGUCAGUAUUACUAUACAUACGGUGAUCGCUCUUCCACAGAAGGAAUCAUGGCAUUUGAAACCUUCACAUUUGGUCAUGUUAAUGUUCCAAAUGUUGGGUUUGGCUGUGGAGAAGACAAUGAAGGAGGUGGGUUCGAAUCAGGAGCUGGUCUGGUUGGUCUUGGUCGUGGGCCAUUAUCACUUGUUUCGCAGCUUAAGGAGCCUAUCUUCUCUUAUUGCUUACCUAGUUACAUGGAUAUAACCACAAGCAGUGCAUACGAGAAUGAUGCCACAAGCGGUACACUUUUGAUGGGGUCACUAGCAAGUUUGAAUACAAAAUCAGGCGAAACCAAAACAACACCUAUGAUUAAAAACCCAUCAAGACCAACGUUUUAUUAUCUUUCACUUGAAGGAAUCACAGUUGGUGGCACUUACUUGUCUGUCAAUGAAUCCACUGCACUCAAGGAAGAUGGCAGUGAUGGCCUCAUCAUAGACUCUGGCACAACAGUGACAUUUUUAGAACAAAGUGCUUUUGCUUUGGUAAAAGAGGAGUUCAUAAAACAAAUAAAGCUCACCGUUUACAAUACUGGCUCAUCGGAGUUCGAUGUCUUCGAUCUUUGCUUCAAGUUGCCCAAGGGAUCGUAUGAAGCAGAGGUGCCCGAGUUGAUAUUUCAUUUUGCAGAUGCAGACUUGAAAUUUCCAGUAGAGAAUUAUAUGAUCGUAGAUAAGAGUAAGGGAGUGAUGUGCUUGGCCAUGAUCAAAACGGAAGGUUUGUCUCUAUUUGGCAAUUAUCAGCAGCAAAACAUGUUGGUGGUCCACGAUCUUGUGAAGGAAACCGUAUCAUUUGUUCCUACAAAAUGUGCUCAUAUGUGA